AUGAAGUCUCCCAAGGUCAAGACGAGUGCCAACAACACUGGUGGACCUCGCCAGGUUCAUUUCAAGGAGGGCAGCAGCCACAGCUCUGGUAGCUCUUUCCCCAUCACCCAAGGACCCGAUACCUCGACCACCUCGACCGCUCCUACCUCCGACAACCACGAAGACGAGGAGCCUGUACCUGGCGUCUUCCUUCACACAUCUACCAACCCUUCUGCCUCUGUCAAUCUUGGUUACAACUUUCCACCCUCAACACCUUUCGGCCAGGUCCCUCCUCAGCCAACCUACGGACCUUUCAUCCCCCAAACUUCGACCCAUCCCGCCCUCACUGCAGAGGCGAACGCUUUCGCACCUUUUGGAAAAUUCAAUCCGUUUGGUCUUCAAGCUCCUGCCUACGUCAACAUGGCCGACUACCAGAACGUCGCUCCGCCUGCCGGAGGUCUUCACUUCCAGCCGCCCGUCCCUGACACUUCUCACGGUGUCAUGCAGCACGUCUAUGUGCCUCGCUUUGACAACGGCGGGCCUCCUCACCCUGGCUAUGCUUACCAUCAGCCGCCCCCGAACAAUGUCACCUACAUCGGCCAAGCUCCUCCUUCCAACCCUCCCGUCAUGAUCGCCCAGCAGCCUAUCAUGCAGCCUGGAAUGGCCAUGCAGAACCCGCCCAUCAUGCUCCAGGGCCAUCCCCAAGUCAUGAACGGCGUCCCCAUGUUCCAGGGUCCUCCCCCCAUGGGCAUGAACAUGCCCCCAAACAUGGGCGGUGGCGGCGGUCCCGUCUUUGCAGGUAAUGGUGGUUUUCCUCCUGAUGUCACUGGCUUUGGAAAGACGGCUGGCGAGAUAGCCAUGGAACAGGCGCAGUUCGCCUACGCCAAUGGCUUGUUUGAGCCUCAGGACUUCAAGCCUGCUGAUGACGACCCGUCUCGUUAUUAUCCUGUUCGCGAGGUUGACGGUAAUUGGACCCAGCGCAACCGUUUUACUAUUGACAACCUCGGCGAUUGCCGCUGGUAUGUCACUAACGAGGGCUUUUUCUACGCCGUUCGUCUGCCCAACUAG